AUGAAAGAUCCUGUAGAUUUUAAUGAUGGAAAUGCUAACAAAACUAUAUUUUUAUGGACAGCCCUAAUGGUCGUAGAUUUCCUGGCAUUUCACCAUGAGUGCUCGUCUGUGGGCAAAGCCGUCAUGUGGCAAUAUUUCUUCAAAAACGACUCUGACAGCGCCGCCAUCAGCACGUCAGCAAGCGAGGAUUUACUAUGUCAGUGGCAGAAAUAUUUUAUAAACUAA